AUCAAUUACCAAUAUCACCAGGCUUUUGUUGCGUGCUUUGAAGAAGGAGAUACAUACGUAUAAUGUGAAUGGCUUUCCGCGGCGCCUUUGCAUCAAGUGGGUGGUUGCAGUUCUGACAUGAAUGGAUAUGGUGAGAGCCCAGUUUGCAAAUCGCUGUUCGCAGAGAGCUGUUCCACGGGAGAAUUUUGCCAGCACGGAUGAACUGCCCUAAUAUCUUCAAGAAGUCAAGCGCUUGUGAAAGAAGUAUUGGUUGUUUAAUUGGGCUUGCUAAAUCAGUAGUAGAGUGCCUGCGAUUCCAUUGUGCCUCUCAAAUGCCUCGAGAUGGACUGUACAUGACAGCAGUGUUCAUUGCAAUUCUGAUUUAAGUAAAGUCGUUUAAUCACUGGGGCUACAGUCAAUAAGCUAGCUACUCACCGAUGGAACCAGGGAGACAAAUAUCCACGAGUCAGAAUUUCGUAUCAAUCCUGAGCUACACUGUCCGUCUUCAUAUUUUUAGAGUUUUCCAUCACUUGGAGCUACGCAUAUACUGCUAGGGCGAAGGUCAGAGUGCUCCUUCCUCGCCCUACAUGGCAUGAAAGCGGAAGGAGCGAGGGGAGAUUCGUGCCUUCCCUUAGUUAUAAUGUGUGACGCCUUCAACGAUAAGCUGGCUCAUCUUGAUCGACGAUAUCCUUUUCUAUCUUCAGUUACAUGAGCAUCUCCACUGAUGUUACUUUUACUGUCUCGAUUUUACUUCCUUUUGUUUGACUAGACCUCGCGGAAAGCUGCAUUCAUCAUUCUGACCAGUGCCUCUGCUGCUGAACACAGUACACCAUGCGCUACCAGAACUGGGACGUCCUCCUGUUCUCAGACAAAUCGAAGGUUCCGAUUCAAGAGUUCAAGACUACGUGCCAUGUUAUCCAAGAUUCAGAAUACCUCCCAACACAAGGCACUCUGCCAUUGCUUCCAACGGUCACUUCAUUCGUGCCGGCUCUAGGACAGGGCCAGAAUUUUCGACUAUCGAUUCACUCAUGGGAGGCACCGGAACCGAGUCGCUUUGCGCUAAACUUCACCAAGGAUCCAGGUCUCAUCAUGUUUGAAGCCAGGGUAUUUAUUGACGGACGACUGGCGGGACACAGGUAUUUUGGACGAGACGGCCCAUGGCCAACAAUCAUUGAAACGGGGAUAAACGUUAAUAAGAACGGGGAUCUCGAGCCCUUAAGAUUUCCUGAAUUCCAUCAAGAGCUUCUUUCCCAGAACUAUUGGAAUGCAGGCGACGACCUUGGCCGAAUCAAGGUCGUUAUUGCGGAAGGCUUGCACCGGGAGUCGCCAGCAAUGCCAUUUGACCGCAUCAAAAAUAUUGUGGCUUUUUCGUUCCAGCACGCGCCUUUGGAGGUUCUCGAAUCUUCAAGUAUUGCGUGGCCAAAUGCAGAAAUGUGGCGCCACAUUUCAUUUGUUGCAGGAAUGUUACCAGGUGGUAACGUUCCAAGAAAGCCCAGCGAGGGCGCUGUUGAAGCCCAUAGCCACUCUCCACGACGUAGAUCCAUUUCCUUGGCUCGGCCACAGAGACCUCCCCCAGCGAUGGGUAUGAUGCUCCCUCCUGGGUUGCCAGUUUUCCCUCACCCUGCCAAUUUCGAUCCAUUCACGGAGCCCCGAGCCACUCAGUGGAGGCAACCAUCGUCAGCAGACGUGUCCAUGCCUGAUUAUUCCAGCUCAGUCUCGCUGGCAAGCCACAGCCGUCAGUUCACGGAUCCUAUCUCCAGCAACAAACCAGAGCCGCAGAGGUUUCAGUCUUUGGAAAGUAUCGGUGCUUUCGAAGGCCUCUGUGAAGCACUGAAGCCAAGCAAUGUCACCAAAAAGAGCGUUUUAGGAGACUCGGAUGACGUCAGACUUGCUCAGAAUAAAGCACCUAAAGUGCCAGAUGACCAUCAGUCUAUCAGGAGCAUAGCUGGCCAGACCACACCUGCCACAGCGCCCGAAUCUGGUAUUUCCGGAAGUGUCAAGAGCAGAAAAGAGAAUGCCCAAGAUUCCCCGCUUCCAAGAGAAGCUCUAUCCGAGGGAAACAACUUCACUUUGGGCGCCUCGCAGCCAUCGUCGGCGAUUAGCGCGGCGGGGCACAAGAGGCAGCACGUCGUCACGCCUGCAUCGGUAAAGGCUAUCGAUCAGGAAGAUGAACCGAAGAACUCGAUAAUGAGGAAGAUCUCUCAAGGAUCGGCAGGGCGACGUGCUCUUGGUGAGCUGCCGAAUGCCCUGUGAUUCCUUCAUCAACACUACUCAACGCUACUCGACUGGUAAGGCUGCAAUGCAGCCCACGGGUAUUCGGCCUGGUUAGCGCUAAGUUCGAUAAGGAAAACGAUCAAAAUUAGAGAUGUGGGCUUUAUUAAGGAAGAGGGGAGACGGUGUAGUCUCUCCUGAUUACAGUGGGGUGUUUUCGGAGGGCGGGUUGCACUACUUUGCGGUAAAAUUCUUCGUUAUUUGUAUUUCUUAUUGCCUCGCUCUAUAUCGCUCUCUCUGGGAGGUAUCAUAGGGACCCGAUCCUUGUCGAUCGGUCCGCGUCCA